AUGUCUUCAGCAGUCGUUCAAAUAUAUGCAGCAGAUCGCAAUGCCAUGUGGUCGAAGAAAUGCUGUGGUGUAGCUUGCCUUGUAAAGGACAAUCCACAGAGGUCAUAUUUUAUCAGAAUAUUUGACAUCAAGGAUGGGAAAUUAUUGUGGGAGCAGGAGCUGUACAAUAACUUUGUAUAUAAUAGUCCUAGAGGAUAUUUUCAUACCUUUGCUGGAGAUACAUGUCAAGUUGGUCUUAAUUUUGCUAAUGAAGAAGAAGCUAAACUAUUCCGAAAAACGGUAACAGAUUUACUUGGACGACGGCAAAGAAAAUCUGAAAAAAGACGAGACCCACUGAAUGGUCCAAAUCUACCAAUGGCAACUGUUGAUAUCAAAAACCCAGAAAUUACUACUAACAGAUUUUACACACCACAAGUCAACAAUAUUUCAUAUACCAAAGAAAAGAAGAAAGGAAAAACUAAAAAGAAGAGAUUGACAAAGGCAGAUAUUGGGACGCCAUCUAACUUCCAGCACAUUGGACAUGUUGGUUGGGAUCCAAACACAGGUUUUGAUGUAAACAACUUGGACCCAGAACUGAAAAACCUUUUUGAUCUGUGCGGAAUUUCAGAGGCCCAACUUAAAGACAAAGAAACUUCAAAGGCCAUAUAUGAUUUCAUUGAAAAAACAGGAGGUGUGGAAGCUGUUAAAAAUGAACUUCGUAGACAAGCUCCACCUCCGCCGCCGCCAUGCAGAGGGGGACCCCCUCCACCUCCACCACCACCUCCCCAUAGCUCGGGCCCUCCUCCCCCACCUGCUAGAGGCCGAGGGGCUCCUCCUCCUCCUCCUUCAAGAGCUCCCACAGCAGCACCGCCACCCCCACCUCCAUCUAGACCAGGUGCAACAGUGCCCCCUCCUCCUCCAAACAGGAUGAAUCCUCCUCCACCACCAGUGCAUUCAUCAUCUGCACCAUCUGGUCCUCCUCCACCACCACCACCACCAGCAAGCGGGUCAUCAGUGCCCCCGCCUCCACCUCCACCUCCACCCCCUCCUGGUCCUCCUCCACCACCAGGUCUUCACUCAGAGGUUGACAACCAGCUUCCAGUUCCUGCAGGAAACAAAGCAGCACUCUUAGAUCAAAUCAGAGAAGGUGCUCAGUUAAAGAAAGUAGAACAUAACAGUCGACCAGUGUCCUGCUCAGGAAGAGAUGCACUAUUAGACCAGAUACGACAGGGUAUACAACUGAAAUCUGUAUCUGAUGGCCAGGAGAGCGCGCCGCCUACGCCCGCACCCACCUCAGGAAUUGUGGGUGCACUAAUGGAAGUUAUGCAGAAAAGGAGCAAAGCCAUUCAUUCUUCAGAUGAAGAUGAGGAUGAAGAUGAUGAAGAAGACUUUGAGGAUGAUGACGAAUGGGACGAUUGAUCAUAUAUUAUAUUAUAUAUAUAUAUUUUUUAAGGUGAAUGAUAUACUAAACACACUUUCUGUCUAUGGAUUCUGUAAAAUUUAUCAUGUAAAUGUUCUACCAAUUUGCUGUAUAUUUUUGUUGCCUUUUGCUUUUUUAUUAAUCUGUGCAAUACCUCAUUUAAUCUGUAAAGGUUUGUCAUAAUCCUCUACAAAGCUACUCCCUGUUAAUGUGUGCGAGUUUACACCUGGAUGAUCAUGUGAAUACUUUCCAUUCCAUCAACAAGGGAGUUUAAAUGUAAUAUGUGAGACUGACAAAAACCUUAAUGUAAUUUAGUUAUAAUGCAAGAAGGAAAACACUAUUUUCAUACCCUACUUUUUCUGUAUCUAAAUUUUCUUAUUAAAACCUAGUAUAGCACUAUGUUCUUUAAGUGAUGCAGCUCUUAGUUUGUUUAGCCCCUUCAUUUCACAUGCAAUAUUACAUGAAUGUUGAGGCUGGUUUAUAAUAUUGCACAGUUACAAGUACAUCACAACAUUGCAGUUGAAACCUUUCUAGUACACUUUACAUAAAAGCAAAAUCAUACAGAUAUGCACAGCUAGUUGUGAAGAUUACCUUGCCCCAACUGUAGCAAUACGGACUGCUCUUGAACAGCAGGGAAUAAUUGAGUGCUUUAAUUAGAGAACUGCCUAUCUGAGGUCAAACAGGGUAGUAAAGUAGUGGUAAGGAUAUCUUUGGUGCAGGCCAGUUCAGUCCUCUCUUUCCAGCUCUUAUCUUUAAAAAUGAAGAAGUGUAAACUGCUGGGGGGCUUUACUGGAGUCUGGCAAUUGCUACAGUUUGAUUUAUUUUUAAAAAUCAAUUUUACCUGUUAUUUGGGCUGAAGGGCUGCAUUUAAUGCUUGCUUCAAUAAUGUUUAAUUACAUUUUAAAAUGUGUAGGGCAUUGGUGUACUAAUAAAGUAAACUUUAGUGGUAUUAUUUUGCAGUCUUUGAGUUAUGGUACAUAACAAAUGCUGAAGCACCAGUCCCACGUCCAGGAAGUCGGGAAGCUGUUGACUCGGAAUAUACGCUUUGAAUAUGUGCUGAACUUUAUGGCAAUAUUCUGUCUUCAUAUGCUGGCUUUAAGACCAAGGGUUGUGAUGAAGAUCAAGGACCCUGUUCACGGGAAUGGUAUUGGAGUAAGUGGACAGAAAAUUGGGUUUCUCAUUUCACAGCUUGCACAUCUAUCUAAGUUGUACUUUUAUAGUGUGGUAAACAUUGGCAUAUCUGCCUAUUACAAAAUAUUAAUCUGUGUUAGGUGGGUAUUUAAUAUCUGCAGCGCUAAUUACUGUUACUUACUGUAAUUUUCAGGUAGAGUGUGGUUUUUUCUUUGUUUUCUUUUUCUGAGAGAACCACAUUAACUGAUGCAGAAUAUUUAGUUAAGUCAGUCAUAUUUGGAGCAUAGUUAAUACAUAGUGUUCCUGGAUCUCUGACUGUAGUCAAGGUAUCAAAUUAAAUUUAAGUUAUCGGAAUUGUAUUGACUGAAACCCAGUGUUGACCUGAUCUUGACAGGCUGGACCUGCAUGAUACGGCUUGGAUUUCUAACACAGUUAUAACCUAGUCUUUAGAGAAUGAGUUUAGACAUACGAAAAAGAAAGGAAAGUUGCUGAAAGAUAGUGGGAGAGGUAUGGUUGUAGUUAAAUUAUUCAGAGGAUGCUGACUUUCUUCCAGGAGUAAUUUAAGCACAUAACUUGAGGAAAAAGAAAAUUGCAAGUGGUCUAACUUUCCUGCGGUAGCUUUUGCAUUGCCCUCUGCUACUGGAAACCCUUCCUACCAGCUUUGCUGCUGUAAUAGCUUGAGCAUUGAGUCAAGUGCAAGUGCAGCCUGGGUCAACUAAUGUCCGUGGAGUUACAAGCUUGUGUAUAAAGAAAACAAUUGUAUGGCUUUCAUAUAACUUCUGGCUCUGCUACCUUAUUCUUACUGCAUAUAGGGCAUUUAAAAUUAAGCAGAUGAGGCCUAGAGAUUUUCCAAACACGCUGAUUAAUAGGUAUGUUUAGCUCUUAUGUUUUCUGAGUUGGGAUUUCUGUAAUAUAAUUAUGCA